AUGCAUAGUCCUAUACCUCGCUCAAUUCCCGGCUUGUGGCCUCUAUUCAGCCUUGUGCUUCUCAACAUUUCCUGCUGUAUCGCCACUGUUUCUGAUGGUCCUCACCAAGAGGAAGUUAUUACUGCAGACGUGUGCGUGAUCGGCGGCGGGUCCACUGGCACCUAUGCGGGCGUCAAACUAAAGGACGAAGGGAAAAGUGUAGUGAUUAUUGAGCAGGAGGAUCACCUAGGUGGCCAUGUGGGAACGUUCUAUGUGGACGACAAGCCAAUUGACUACGGCGUCCAAGGCUUUUUCAAUACUGACAUCACAUUAAAGUACCUGGAUCGCCUUAAAGUGUCUCAUGAACCUCUUCAGCCUGCAACCACGGACAACCGGUACGUCAAUUUUCGUACGGGGAAGCUUGUGCAGAAUGAAAGCAGCCCCAUGGAACUAGGUGCCUCGUUGCUCCUGUAUUUUGCUGUUGUUUCAAAGUUCAAGGGGAUAGCGGAUGGCAGUUAUAACUUGCCAGACCCUGUGCCGGAGGAACUCUUGAUGCCCUUUGGGGAGUUCAGCAAGAAAUAUAAGUUGAACGGCGCGUUGCCCGUGGUUUGGAUGUUCGCUCACGGUUGUGGUGAUAUUCUGGAUGCUACUACUCUCUGCGUCCUUCAGCUGUUUGGCAAGUCGCACGUUGCAGCACUUUUAAAGGGCUAUGUCAGAGCCAAGCGGGGUACUGCUGAAGUUUAUAAGAAAGCUGCUGAAAUUUUGGGCCAGGAUGUACUGUACGAAAGCAAGGUAUCCAAAGUCACCCGUUCCAACAGCGGAGUAACUGUUGUUGUGAGAACAAAAGGUGAAAAGAUUAAAGAGAUCAGGGCUAAGAAGUUGUUGGUUACCAUUGUCCCUACCCUGGGAAACAUGGAAGGCUUUGAUCUUGAUGAAAAGGAGAAAUUUCUUUUUAAGCAGUGGAGCUGGAAGAAUUAUUAUAUUGGCAUUGUUAAGAAGAGCGGUCUUCCAGAGAACUCUACGAUCGUCAACCUAGAUCCAACGAAGCCCGCUCAGCUUCCACAUAUACCCUUUGUCUGGCGCCUGGAUUACCUGGGUGUUUCAGGGUAUCACACCAUCAAAAUUGUUGGGGAUUCAAAACUCACAGAAUCAGACGCAAAGGAGCUUGUCCUUGGUGGUAUCAGAAGGAUGGGCUCUGAGGGAACAUUUUCUAUCCAGAAACCCGAAAUUGCCGUUUGGGGAAGCCAUGUGCCAUUAACUUUGGGCGUUUCAACAGAAGCAGUGAAAGGAGGAUUCUACCGGGACUUGUACGCGUUGCAAGGCCAUAAAAAUACUUUCUAUACAGGCUUGUCUUUUUGUUCAGAUUAUUCGACCUUGCUGUGGGACUUUACUAAUACAAUUGUGGGGAAGAUGGGUUUAUAG